AUGUCUUCCGGAACUCCUUCUACGGAACCGCAAAGUAGCGGCAGCUCUGCAGGCAUGAGCACGAGCCCUACGUCUAUACCCGCGGGCAAAGGCACAACAACACCUCCGAAAGUCACUCAACAAGAUGUCAGUGUUGAACUGAAGAAUAUGCGGCCUGAUCGUAGCCCUCCCAAGGGCUCGAUACCGCUGGGGGAAGACAUCAUGCAGAUCGCUCGUAUCGGAGAAAUCGGGCCCAUGCAGAGGUUGUUUGACGAGAAGAAGUUUACUGCCAAUUACCAAGAUGAGGAAGGGAUUACUCCGCUUCAUUGGGCCGCGAUCAAUAAUCAAUACGCCAUGUGCAAGUUCCUGCUGGACAAUGGUGCCGACGUUAACGCCAAAGGUGGUGAUUCUGUAGCAACACCGGCCAUGUGGGCCGCUCAGCGCUGUCACUAUUAUAUAGUUCACCUCCUCCUCCAGCACGGCGCCGAUCCUCUUUUGACCGACGUUCAAGGUUACAACAUUUUACAUUUGGCCACCAUUGAUGGGAAUGCGUUCUUGCUGGUGCUCCUCUUACACCAAGAGAUACCAGUGGAUGCGAUAGAUCAGCAGGGUCAUACGGGAUUGAUGUGGGCGGCGUAUAAGGGAUAUCCCGCCUGCGUGGAUAUGUUCCUGCGCUGGGGCGCCAAUGUGAAUGCUGUCGAUGACGGCGGGCUGACCCCCUUACACUGGGCAUUGGUCAAAGGGUCGUUGCCAUGUGUGCAGAAGCUCAUCGAGUACGGUGCGGAUAGGUUUGCGAAAACCAGAGAUGGCAAGUCACCGGCCACGGUGGCCGGUGAGAUGAACACGACGCGGGUCUGGUACCGUGCUCUUGACGAGUGCGGUUACGAUGUUGAUGGAAACACCAAGGUUCUGCCAAUGGGGCUCACGUCUUGGUUACGGAAUAAGAGCGUGAUGUCAAAGUUCUUCUUUUUGUGGCCAUUCCUGAUGGUGUAUGCGGCUGUCUACAUUCUCAGCCACAUGGUCAUCUACGCUGCUAUACCUAUAAUGCUUGUAGCGACAUUUGGGCUGCAGUGGGUAGCACAAAAGGCGGCGAGUCAAGCCCCUUCGGAAUACAGGGUACUUCAGAAAACGCCGUAUCUGUCAGGUGUCUUUGCGGGAACCUUGUUCUGGGUUGGUGUCACAUAUAUCUUCAGCGUGUUGCCAGCAACCUAUUCCACGUCGCCAAUUCUGAAUAUAUUGUUCGCGGUGUUCUAUUGCCUCACAACAUAUUUCUACAUCUACUCGAUGAUUGAAGACCCCGGCUUUGUUCCGAAGACAGGUAGUCGAAACCAGCAAAGAGCCGUGAUAAACGAGCUGUUUGAGCAGUGGAAGUUUGACGAGGAGAACUUUUGUGUAUUUUGCAUGGUUCGCAAGCCGCUGAGAAGCAAGCACUGCAAACGCUGUUCGCGCUGCGUUGCAAAGCAUGACCACCAUUGUCCCUGGAUUGACAAUUGCGUGGGAGCAAAUAAUCUGCGCCAUUUCGUUUUGUACAUUAUCUGCUUGGAAAUUGGGAUCAUUCUGUUUCUGCAGCUGACAUAUAAGUACAUCAACAUUCUACCUGCACCUGCGGGACCUGCAUGCAACAUCAUCAAUGAAGAACUUUGUGGGUUUGUGCUGCGGGAUCCGUUCAGUCUUGUUCUGGACUUGUGGAUCGCCAUCCAGCUGGUCUGGGUUACUAUGCUCUGUGCUGUUCAACUCGUCCAAAUAUCUCGGAAUCAGACGACAUACGAGAACAUGAGGGGUCAUUCGAUAGAUCGAAGCUACCCAAGCUCUCGUGCCUUUGCCUCGGCCAUCACUGCGGGAACGACAUCGCUCGAGGCCGCUGGCCUGUCAGCAGCGGGGCAAGGUCCGAACCCCGCGCUCGCAAGGGGCCAUUCGCAUCGGGGACGGAGACAUGGGUGCUUACAGCAGUGGUCAUCUCUGCUCGGCAUUGACACGUUUUUCGCCACUGCCCGUGACGGGCUAAGGGACGGGCCCCGCGCUGAUCGGCCUAAGAACCCGUUUUCCCGCGGUAUCAUCACCAACUGCCGCGACUUCUGGUGCGAUCCUGCUCCGUACUUUGGCAAGCGGGAGCCAGGCACUGCGAUGCUCGGCGGGGAAAUCGUCAACUAUAAUCAGAUGUACGAGGCCCCGAUGCGCAUGUACAGUGGUGGCAGGUACCAAAGCGUCGCACAUGACGAUCCGGAGCAGCACGUCUGA